UAAGAGAAGUAUUAUAUGUAUUCUUAAAAAUAUAAAAACUAAAUUUAAAGGAAUUCCAGUUUUGCUUACUAUUAAGAUCUAAAAUUUCAUAAAUAACUUCACCUUUCUCUUGAUUUAUAAAGAAAGCCAUCGAUUUAAUUAAAAAUAGUGCCCUAAUAAAUAACCAAAGAACUCAUUAAUUUCCCAGAUCUCAACGAUAGUUAAUAUUUUGUGCGAAUAUAUGGCACCGGCACUCCCCCAUCCUUCCCUAUUGUACUCAGGGCUCUCAAAAGAACAGCCAGUGAUUAUUUUUUCGUUCCUUGUAUAAUUCAUUCAUAAAAUACGCACGAUUCCCAGUGGAGAGGGACUGGUUGCGCCAGAAUCACGUACCGAAUGUUGACAGCCAUAGAGCCGGAGCACGUGGCAUGCCCCAGAGCGCCCCUUGGCCCUACAACUGCUCCUAGAAAAGAAAAAAUAAGCAGAAGCGGCAGAGUUUUCCGCGCAAAAUUUCCCAAACAAAGCUGCGAAAAUUUCCCCAUGUUUGGCAGAAGAGAGCGCCUGCCGGAAAAGUAAGAGAGCCAGUUAAGACGUCGCCAACGUCGGCAGCAGCACGAUGCCUGCCGCUGCUACGACUGCGGCUGCUGCUGCCGUUUUCCACUUGCUUUUCAGACUCAAUGGACCAGUUUGGAAAAUUCGCACAAUCAGUUUGUUUUGAAAUUUUGCCGCGUUGCGUUCGUUUUCAGAGACGACUCUCCUUUUCACCUUAAAAAUAUAUUUUAACCAAAACAAUUAUUAAAACAAUUAACAAGUUUAAGAAUUGAAAGCAAAACACACAAAAGUUAAAUAAAAGUUAUAAAAUGUUUAAUAAAAAAACCCAUUAAGUGUUAUGGCAUAAUUUAACCGAUUUUUAACGCCUAAAUGGCUGAGAAAAAAAAUAAUAAAAAUAGUGAAAAUGUAAAAAAUGUGUUUGUUUGUCAUUAAAAAAAAAACAAAACAACUGUCACCUGCAGUUAAAAAAUAAAUAAGCGGAAAAAGUAAACUAAACAGAGAAAUAAAUAAAUAAAAACUAAACUACAAAUAUUAAGACAACACGUGUCGUUAAAUAGCAGUGAAAAAUGAGAAAUUUAAAUUAAAGUUAAUUGCAAAAAAUCUUAGAUCUCAUAUUGCCUAGAUAACCAUUUUUAAGAGCAAUCGUUGCAAAGUCAACAAUAGUCGUUGUCCUGGAUAAAGUCGCACAGCUUUAGAAUGAAAUGGAGAUGCAAAGCUACUCUGGUCAUGGACCAACAGCAGCAACAACAGAAACAGAAACAGCAACAUUCACAACAGCAACAUUGUCGGAGCUUCCUUUCAGUUGUCGCCUGGAAAAGGCGGCUGAGCCUGAGGGCUGGCAGCCGCUUAUUAGCUGCGAAACGUAUCCUGCAACCAGCAGCAACAUCUACACAACCGGCAACAACAGCAACAUCCUGCCCGACAUCAGCAGCAACAGCAUCAGCAAUAGCAGCAUCAUCAACAACACAUUCCAGUGUACUCGACAAACAUUCGAUGCGACAGCGGCAUUCUACACAUGCGAGCAGGAUGAGGAGAAAUCAUUGUCUGGGCUCUGCGCACUGAAGCUGAAGGCCCGACUGUUGCAAGUGCCACAAGCGGCGUAUGAGCAAUUUCGACUGGCAAUCAACGAGGUCCUCAGUGAUAAUGGGAGUGAUACACUUAGUGAUAGUUCGAGCUGCGAGCACGAGGAUGGAACUCUAUUGCAAUGCGACGAGAUUGAGCCACGGAACGAGGCAUUCAUGUGUCACCUGCAGCAGCCACAUCAGAGACUGCAAUGGGGGGAACAUGAGGACCUACUAACUGUCGCCGCCAAUGACAGCCAGCUGGAGGCCUCCUUUGGCAGUGGGGACUAUCAAAUCGAGCUAGGAGGGAGCCUGUGGUCUUUGCUCAACGCCAGCACCGAGCUAAUUGAUCCCAAAAAUGGCACCUUUGGCAUUUUAAACGCCACGAGCUCCAGUUUGGACAUGAUCCUGGCCAACUACACAGCAUUGACCACCACCACCGCCGCCUCAACAGCAGUCACAUCCUCGGAUCUGGGGGUGUCUAGGAGCUUCCUGGACUACAGUCCCCACGGCUACGACUGGCUCUUCCUGUUCGUGGUGUUCUUCAUCUUCGCCGGAGGGCUGGGCAACAUCCUCGUCUGCUUGGCCGUCGCCCUAGACAGGAAGCUGCAGAAUGUAACCAACUACUUCCUCUUCUCGCUGGCAAUCGCCGACCUGCUGGUCAGCCUCUUUGUGAUGCCUAUGGGCGCCAUACCGGCGUUUCUGGGGUAUUGGCCACUUGGCUUUACUUGGUGCAACAUUUAUGUGACCUGCGAUGUACUGGCCUGCUCGUCGAGCAUUCUGCACAUGUGCUUCAUCAGUCUGGGGCGCUACCUGGGGAUACGGAAUCCGCUGGGCUCAAGGCAUCGAUCCACGAAACGCCUGGCCGGGAUUAAGAUAGCCAUUGUCUGGGUGAUGGCCAUGAUGGUCUCUAGUUCCAUAACUGUAUUAGGUUUGGUUAACGAGAAAAAUAUAAUGCCCGAGCCAAACAUCUGCGUCAUCAACAAUCGCGCCUUUUUCGUCUUUGGAUCCCUAGUGGCAUUCUACAUUCCGAUGCUUAUGAUGGUCACCACCUACGCCCUGACCAUUCCCCUGCUCCGGAAAAAGGCCAGAUUUGCAGCCGAACAUCCAGAAAGUGAACUUUUUCGAAGGCUAGGAGGACGAUUCACCAUUAGGCCCCAGCACAGCCAGCAACAAUUGCAGAUGCACAGCAGCUUUUCCAGCGCCAACAAAUUCCUGGCUCUGAGCGACAGCAAUCGCAAUUUUAACAAUUCGGCUGGUGGCGGCGGGGGCGUGGGUGGUGGUGCCGCUCGGGGAGGUGGUGUCGAGGUGUCGGAACGACCGUUGAUGCAACAGCGAGAGACCAACACGAGGGGCACGGUUGGGACGGUCAGCUUUCGUAAUGUGGCCAAUGGCGGGGGUGGGGGAUCCCGAGGCACCUCCGCCGGUCGCAGCAGCUUCCGCCUGGCCGGUGGCGGAAUCUUGCGCCACUCCUCGACCCCCGCCCCCACCACCAAAUCGCACUCGAGCAGCUUCUGGCGGAAGCAUGGCGGCAAUCCGAACCUAAUGGACAGCCACCCGAAUCGACGAGCUUCUGUGCGUGUCAGCAUCUCUCAGCCACAAUUGGGUUACUCGACAAAUGGUAAUGGUGGUGGUGGAGGAGGAGGAAGUGGCUGUGGCAGUGGCAGUGGAGCCGCAGGAAGUGGGAGCAACGGCAAUGGCUCAGCUGCGGCGACAACGAGCUGCACAUCUCCUGGAGGCGAUGGCACCAGCAUGAUGAACAUUGCCACAAUACAGGGUCAGAACCUGGACCAAAACCAGUCAUCUUCAGGCAACCACCAGUUGGAGCAGGUGAGGCCUACGGGUUCAAAAUCUGACGAACGGCAGCGCCACAAGUUGCGGCCCUUUAAGUUUUCUUUAAAUCGCGUAGCAACGCCCACGCUCAAUUUACGGUUCCUUAACAAUCGCAACAAGCGAAAUAGUUUAUCAGCCAAUGCCGUGGCCACCGAACAAAAGGCCACCAAGGUACUGGGUCUGGUCUUUUUCACCUUUGUCCUGUGCUGGUCGCCCUUCUUCAUACUGAACAUAAUAUUUGCGGCAUGCCCCGAAUGCCAGGUGCCCGAGCACGUGGUCAACACCUGCCUCUGGCUGGGCUACGUCUCCUCCACGAUCAAUCCAAUCAUCUACACAAUUUUCAAUCGCACGUUCCGAGCUGCCUUCAUCCGGCUGCUCAAAUGCAACUGCGAACGUUCCGGUCGCCCGCUGCGCUACCGCUCCGUGACAGAAGGACGAAGUGCUUUGAGCCUGUGCGCCCCCUCAGCCCUGCCCCUGGCCAUAUCCUUUCAGGGAGCGCCUCUGAUGACCCCCUCCACUGCGAACGCAACGCCGCUGAGCGAGUUCCGGGGCAGCUACACAAUCACCGACGACGAGUGCUGAGGAAAUUAUUGCUCAUCUCCUCAAAGAAAAAUACGAAUUUAAAACGACAAAAAAGCAAAUCUCGAACUGAGCCAACUAUACUUGCAAGGACAAACAUGCUUGUAAAUUAAAGGACGAUUCAUGCGAACCUAACCAAAACUAAUCACAAUCAAAGGGAUGACUUUUCUAGCAAAGCAACUAAACUUAAACUAAAUCUUAAACCUCAUCAUAUCAUUGUACGUCAGGGAACGAUAUAUAGGUCGAAACUUUUAAAGAGUGAGAGGAUGUGAGUGCAAUGAUGAAGCGACUGUACCUGUUUUUCAUUUCCAUGCAACAUUCUAGCUUUACGCAACGCUAAAAAAAUAAAAUAAAGUUUAAAAGUAAACAAGAACUUGAAUCAUUGUUAAAUUGUAACUACCUAUGUAUGUAUUUAAACUGUGUUUGUUAGUCAUUAGUAGUUUGAUAACUUUAAGCGGAUUAGAUUAGCAAAGAAUCCGAUUUCCCGCCCACCCUCGAUGCCUAUUCCAAAAGCAGGCAGCUUUGCUGUUCCUUUAGUUUCUCAGUGUAUAUGUGUCUGUCUCUAGUUCGUAAUCGAGCUGUUCCAUAAAAUGAAUUGCAAUACUUGAAAUGUAUAUGAAUUGAUAAAUAAAUGCCAAGUAAUGCGAA